UCAAGAAAACAAGUCUUGACCUUCCUUUCCUUACCUGUAUCCUAGUUGUCUUCAAUGGCCUCUCCUUCUUGGAAAACCCAUUUCCCCCGUUAUAUAUAUACGCAUGCUAAUUCAUAAUUUUACUCACACAUCAAAUAUUUCUCUCAUUUCCUUCCUUAAUUCUUUUUGAAUCUGUUAUCUUCUUCAAGGAAUCAAGAUAUGGCAUCCUCACAGAGCCCAUCAUCAGAUUUCCAUGAUUACUUGCCUAUUAUGGCUGAUAAGCUAGGUGGUGAUGGUCUGAUCGGUGAGUUAUGUAAUGGAUUCAAUCUUUUGGUGGACAACGAAAAGGGUGUUAUCACUUUUGAAAGUCUUAAGAAGAACUCAGCUUUAUUGGGUUUACAGGAUUUGAGUGAUGAUGAUUUAAGGUGUAUGUUAAAAGAAGGCGAUUUUGAUGGUGAUGGUGCUCUCAAUCAGAUGGAGUUUUGCGUUUUGAUGUUUAGAUUGAGUCCUGAAUUGAUGGAAGAGUCCAAGUUUUUGUUGGAGGAGGCUCUUUUACAGGAAUUGAAGGAUUUUUCUUAUUGAUUUUUUCCCCUCUCUUUGCUAUUCUUUUAUCUGGGAUGUAAUAAUUGUUGAUGUUAUUGAUACAGAAAGAAAAAAAAAUUUAGCAAAUUUACCUUCAA